GAUGACGCUAGUACUGAGCUGCACUCCUUGUGAACCAGUUGCACACCCAAUUGCGCAUGAUUGGAGUGAGGGAAGAGUAGCACACGACUCGCAACCAUGGGACGUCCGCGCGAUAUGAGCGCUGUGAACAGCCUUCUGGUAUGCGACGUCCCGUUGUGAUAUAUAUACAUGCAUUCGCCUGUUUACAUACCGGACUCUCAAGGCGCGUGACCGAGAAGGUACAAAUCGCCCCCUCAUUUACUCGAGUAUUUUACGACCAGAGCUCCAAGGACCUCCGAAAUGUCGACGGCUCCUCCUCAUUAGUGGUGGAGUGCAAAAUGUCGUAUUACCUGUUGGCGGUGCUGCCUCGAAUCGGAGUAGAUGUACGGAUCAAGUUUGUUGACCCCCAAAACGAUGCUCCCAAAACGUUACAGUUGUGCACAAAAUUCAGGUUUGUCAAAAAUGUUCAUUUUCCCAGUGUGACUGCUCUUGCUCGUCGUGGGACGUCUUCUCAUCAAUGGAGCAUUGUGAUUGAAUCAUUACGCUGCGUAUUACAGAAGUCUACGACACUUCCAAUAGUUAGGCUUCUCCGACUUCCCACCACUAAAUUCAAUCAUGUUGUGUGAUUGCAUCUCCUUCACCUUGUGUUGUCGUCUGAAUAGAAGCGAGGAGGCUUCGAUUUCCC